AUCUGUUGUUGCCGCAUAGCCGCUAACAUUCUUAGUUGGCUACGCAUGAAAACUACCGGUCUCCCACACCCUGAGGUUGAACUGGACUAAACUGCUACCGUGUCUAGCGAGGCCGUUGGAUUGAAGCGGGUUUCAGAGCUACUUGACGUCCACCGUCUUUGACCAACAGGUUCCCCGCACCCGUUUGGCAGUGGAACAAGUCGGGAAUAUUUCCAUCGAUGAGUUCAGCCACCAGUGAGACUCUUGAGCUUGAAAAGCUGCCAACAGAGACGCCCUGUGCUCACACAUUUCGGACAAGUCAUCGGAGGCGAAGAUGACGGACGAACGGACAGCUGUGAGAGGGAGCUUCUCUGACGGCCAGAAACCACCAAAAACAUAGCAUUAUCGGUUCUGGAGUCCCACUCACCUCGCAGGACGUCAAGCAGUCUCUCGCGUGGUCAUAACAUUCAAUCGCUUCAAUAUCCUGCUCAUUCGAGUCUCCAUUUUGGAGUAGAUAUUGAAUCGAGGUACGCGGCAAGCCAGGUUUUCAAGAGGUCGUCACUAGGAUAUUGUCUCUUUUCUAGAGAGAGAUUUUGUCUCGCCGACUCUGCGCUUUCGAAGUUUACCGAGCGGCCUUUCUCUGUAUGGAACCGAAAGGUUAUAGGUAUGAUUCGAAAAGUGACAACAGCCCUCUGGCUCCUUCAUCCCGAGUAGAAACCCGGGGCUUAGCCGGAGUAGCCCGAACGCAAGUGGGGCGGAUUGCGGAGUAACGCCGAAAGACAACUACGGGAUUUCGCCGCGCGGUAGCAACAACGCAUCUGCUGGUCCGAUCCUGUGCCGAUGCGGGGAAUCCCAUGGCUUGCGAUCUUGCAAGAAGGUUUUCGAGAAAGCAGCUCGCGCAACUCGGAGUAGUAGAGGCCCUAGGAUCAAAAGUCGCUGACUGACGCAACGAUUGAAAAAUGGAGUCUUCCAAGUUCAUUGCUGCUUGCUCUUCCCUCUCGCCGGAUAGCUGGGAUACUCACGUCCAUGUGUUCGACGCAUCAAUAGGGCCCUUUGCGCCCGGCAGAUCGUACACGCCCGCUCGGGCGACGGCACAGCAGCUCUUGGAUUUCAGUUUCAGUCUGACCCAGGAAACACCACUCAACAUCGUACUCGUUCAGCCAUCGCCGUACGGAAGCGAUAAUACAGUGCUUUUGCGCUCGAUGAAAAGCUUGCGCGAGGGUGGCAGUCGCAUCGUCCGGGGUAUCGCCGUGGUGGACAUUGAGAACAUUUCCGACGCAAAUCUCAUGGAACUGCAUGAUGCGGGCGUCCGCGGGUUGAGAAUCAACAAGCAAGCAGAUGGCAAGUCGACAGAUCUCAAAGCACUUAAAGAAACUAUUUUGCAGACCGCUUCGAGGAUCCAAUACCUCCCAGGCUGGAAAAUUCAGCUCUUUUGCGCUCCUGCUAUGUGGGAAGACUUGUAUGACACAAUAGUCGCCCUUCCGGUUCAAGUAAUUGCAGACCACGUCGGCGGGAUGCGGGCUCUAUCCAAAUUGCAGCUCAACGCGACAACAAGUAGCCUAGACGAUCCCACGAAGCAGCCCGGCUUCGAAGCUCUUGUGAAACUCGCAAGAGCCUCAAAGGCCAUUGUCAAGCUUUCGGGAUUCUAUCGACUAUCUGAUAAGACGGAAUCCGGUUGCAGUGACAUGGAGCCAAUUGUCAAGGCUUUGGUUGAGGCGGUUCCGCAUCGCUUGGUUUGGGGCAGCGACUGGCCUCAUACUGGGGAGGGUAAAGAUCGUGUGAAUCGAGGCUUGGAGGCGGUGGAAGAGUUUAGAGAGAUUGACGAUUCCCGUAUCAUCCAAAACUUGAGAAGCUGGGUUGAGGACGAGAAAGCGUGGAUGGGGUUGAUGGUUCAGAAUCCCGCAGGAUUUUAUGCUUGAGGAAAGCUGUGCUUCUUCGUCAUGCUGGUGUCGUGGUAGAGCAAACUUCACACGAUCUCAUCGGAUAAUGAGUUGGCGGUAGGUAAAAAGGUACGUCGGGGUCUGACGCGGCCCUCAGUGGUAUCAAUCGAUGUUCUGAAAUUACUCCA